AGAAAAAGCAGCAGAACCCAAUGCAGCCUGUAGCCCAUUCAAAGGCCUACUGUUGGACCUCUGCUUAUUUUGCAAUACGUCUUUAGUACGGACUGAAAAAUGUCCGAUUUCGAUGAGUUUGAGAAGCAGUUAAGCGAAAAUCGGCAAGAGCGGGAGAAGGAGCGACACAAGAAGCGUAGCCGCAGCCGGUCUCUGAGCCGUGGCGAGAAGCACCGCCGCUGGAGCAAGGACUCCAGGGGGCGGAGUCACGAGAAGCGCAGCAGCAGCCGCGACCGCAAGGGUCGUGACCGACGGAGCAGCUCACGCGAGCACAAGAAGCACAGCUACUCUCCUCGGAGAAGCCGUAAGAAAAGGACAUACAAGUACUGGGAUGUUCCCCCUCCGGGAUUCGAGCACAUCACCCCCAUGCAGUACAAGGCAAUGCAAGCUGCAGGGCAGAUCCCCACGAUAGCUUUACUGGCAACAUCCACCACCAGCGGCGUGGCAGUGACGCCCACCCAGGUGCCGAUGGUCGGCAGCCAGAUGACCCGGCAGGCCAGGCGGCUUUAUGUCGGCAACAUCCCCUUCGGCCUGACGGAGGAGGCCAUGGCGGAUUUCUUCAAUACCCAGAUGCGAUUGGCUGGCUUAUGUCAAGGUCCCACCAAUCCCGUCCUCGCUGUUCAGAUAAACCAGGACAAGAACUUUGCCUUCCUUGAAUUUCGGUCCGUGGAUGAGACCACGCAGGCAAUGGCCUUCGACGGCAUCAUUUUCCAGGGUCAGUCGUUAAAAUCAGGCGGCCCCACGACUAUCGCCCCCUGCCUGGCAUCUCAGAGCAGCCCGCCUUCCACGUACCAGGGGUCGUCUCCACCGUGGUUCCAGACUCGCCACACAAGCUCUUUGUCGGAGGCCUGCCCAACUAUCUCAGUGACGAUCAGGUACCCCGCCCUCAGUCUCUGUCGCCGGGGAGCCGACCCACAACCCUCCUGUGUUUCUGUCCCACUGCUGCACGUGGAACUCAAGCAGGCAUGCACACACACGCACACGCACGCACGCACGCACGCGCACGCACAUACAUACAUAAAAUAAACACUCGUCUCUGUGUAACUGAUUAGUAGGAAAAGAAAGCCUGUCAAAGUUACCUCACCGCUUAAAAUUCAUUACAAGAUACUGGGGGGUCAAAUGUCAGCAUCAUGUUUAAAGCUAGCUGCUGAAAAUAGCCGCACAUUUGAGGUUUUUUUUUUUUUUUUUUAAAGAUAUUCAUGGGAUUUAUUAAACAUUUAUUAGACAUGUAGGUAAUGAGUUGACAGUUACAUUACGCUCAUUGUUUAUCCAGCUGUAAAUUAUGAAGAUAUUGAG